AUGACCAACGAUCCAAAGGCGCUCAUAGCCGCCAAAUUCCUCGACUCGUUUCUGCGCGAGAUCGUGCUCGACACCGCUAUUCACACGCACGCCAAGAUCAAGCGCGCGCGGUCCAUAUGCAAGCUCUGCGGCGUACGCUGCCAGGCUCACACGCCGGCUGCUGAGCAGACGGCCACACUCUCGGCCGCUCCCGGCACUGCUGAGACCACCACUCCCACGUCGCGGUCUGGAACACCCGUGCCUGGUGCAUCGUCGUCCAAGCCGGACUACUACUCGAACAAUCCGCUGUUCGAGUGUCUGGUGUGCUCGCGGCAGGUGAGUUCGAAUCGAUAUGCGACGCAUCUUGCCAAGUGCAUGGGCAUGGGCUCCAAGGGAGGACGCAAGGGCGCCGCGCGAAAUGCCAAGGCGACAACGAGCGCCACCAUGUCCAGUCGCCAGAGCGGCGCGGCGACGCCCCGAUACGGCAGCGAUCUGGACGACGACAGCUUUGCCAAGCACAAGAACGGCAAGAAUGGCACAAAGCGCGCCAACAGCCCGCUCGCAGCCAGCUCGGUCGCCAAUGCCCGCAUGAACAAACGCAUCAAGACCAGCUCGCCCACCCCGCCCCCCACCGACAGCCUGGCGACAGCCACGGGCGGCUUGAAUCGCUCGUAUUCGUCGCAGACCUUUGCACCCUCGGGGCUGAGCAACUCGACUGUCCUCACCGGCUCGCCACUCAAUCCGAACAAUACCCCUUCCACUGCCAAACCGCUCUCGGCUUCCAAGUCCAACGGCGGGACACCCAAGCCUUUCAACGGCAAGGCGAGCGGAGCAAACAAGCGCAAACGUCUCAUCGAGGAUGAAGAUGACGACGACGAAGACGAUGAUGACGGUGGUGGCUCAUAUGCAGCUGGUUCCGACGGGAGCGGUUCGGGAGCAGACACCAAUGCGGCCGAGGAAGAGGGCGAGAUUUCGGACGAUGACGACGAUGUUGCUCUGGCCGCGGGUGGGUCUGCGCGUCCCGCGAACGGCGCAGGGGGCAAGAUCAAGCUCGGCUCGAGCUCGGCCAGCAAGCCACGCACAUUUGCGAUGGUGAUUGAUUCGGACGACGAUUCGGACACGAGCCUGUCGCAGCAGCGCAAGUCACAUGCCGUUUCGGACGACGACGAGGAUGACGACGACGACGUGCAGGUGACGGGCGUGCACCGUGGCAGUGCGGCGGGACGCGCGGGCGUCAAGAAAAAGUCCACCCAUGGCUCCAGCGGCCUGCAGAGAGAACGCGGGAGCGACGGCGAGUUCAUCGACGUCGAGAGCGCGUCAGAACAGAGCGACGCCGAUUCCUUCUGA